CGGAGCAGCCAGAGCAGCUCCGAGCACGCCUGGCCAGCCAGCGGCGGCCCGCGGAGUGAUCCCGCCGGUGCAUUCUCUUUCUUUCGCCAGUGUGGGUGUGCGGGCGUGCUUUUUCCUCCCCAUCCUUCUCUCGCCGCCGACUUCGUCCGAGGGCUACAGCCAGCGGCAUGCGGCCGGACACCCCGCUGCCGCCGCUUUUGCCCCGAAUGCCGCGCCGUUUUUCGUCGCCGGCCUGAAGGAUCGACCCGGUGAAGCAGCGAGCCGCCGACAUUCCUCGUUCCCCCGCCGCCGCCAGUGGAUUUGGGCAUUCAGGUGGCCACCGAGCCUCCCCUCAUCUCCGGCCGCCGAGAAGAAAGGCGGACGCGCCCCGGGUCGGUCAACGGGUGGCGGCGCGCUAGAUGGUUUCGUCUGUCGGCGCAGUUGGACUGAUGCGCUCAACGGUUGGUUGUCGAGGUGACUAGUCAGUGGCCGCCAUGACAUGCAGAGCGCACGACUACAAGGCUCUGCUCAAGAACAGCCUGCGGAAAUGGGACCUGCGCAAGUGGGCCGUGUUCGUGGUCCUGCUGCUGAUGCUCGUCUCCCUGCACAUGUACGGCGUCCAACAGUACAGCCUUGCCACCAGGGCGGUCUGGUACAAGAGAUUCCUGACCAACCGAACGCGCUUCUCGAACGAGUGCCGCGGUUGCUGCCGUCCCGCACUGAAUGUGUUCCUGCUGAAGACUCACAAGUGUGCCGGCUCCACGGUGCAGAACGUGCUGAUGCGCUUCGGCGACCGGCGCAACCUCUCGUUCGCCCUGCCUCGAGAAGGAAACUACUUCGGCCACCCAAAGCCCUUCUCUCUGUCCAUGAUCCCAGCGGACAUGAUCCCUCCGUGGGGAUUCAACAUCUUCUGCCACCACGUGCGCUUCGGCAGCGACGACCUUCGGCGCCUGAUGCCCCCGGACACGGUGUUCAUCACCAUAUUGCGCGACCCGGCGCGCCUGUUUGAAUCUCUGUAUCUGUAUUACCACCUGGAGAACCACACGGGUGUCUCCCUGGAAGCCUUCCUCAAGAGCGACACCAAGCAGCGUUGGCUCGACACGCACCGCUUCGCUGCCCGCUUCGGCCGCAACCAGAUGCUCUUCGACCUCGGCAUGGACACCUCUGGUCACACCAACGACUCCGAGGUGGACGCCUUCAUUCAGCACAUCGAGGACAGCUUCCACCUGGUCCUCAUCGCAGAACUGUUCGACGAGUCGCUCAUUCUGCUCCGAGACCUGCUGUGCUGGGACACCCAGGACGUAGUGUACUUCGAGCACAACCAACGCAUGCAAAAGGCGGCUACCGGCAGCGGCAGCAAUGACGUCGACAAGGGCAACGACGCUCUCCGGCGCCAGAUGGAGCGUUACAACGCGGGCGACGGUCGCCUCUACCGCCACUUCCGCCAGAAAAUGGAGCGCCUGAUCGACGAGUACGGCCGCAAGCGCAUGCGUCAAGAGGUGGACGGCCUGAAGUUGUGGAAAAGUCUGCUCUACGAGCACUGCGUCGAGAAGCUCGAUUCCGGCCGCACGGUCGCGUACGAGACGCGCGAGUACAGCGACGACGUCUACAGCAUCGUUCUGCGCUCGGGCGUCAACAACCGGCUCUGCCUGGACAUGGCGCGCGCCGAAUUGCCGUACACCGAGAGGCUCCGGCGUAAGCAGAGGCUCCUGGCGCGCAGCAGCCACUGGUGGACGCUGCCGUGGUCGUCCGGUGACGGGGCACCGGACGAGCCGGCAGUGGCCAGCACGCGUGGUCAUCUGCUCAGAAGGGCUGUCAAUGCCAGACAGAGAGCGCGUCGGCGUGUGGCCAAGGGCUGACCGGCGCGUGAUCAGAGCUUCCGGCGAGCGUCCCUCCGGUAUAACCAUGGUCGCCUCCGUUGUCAGGAAAUGGGCUUCCAGUCUCCUCGCCAGAAUAUGGCUCCAGCACGGGUCACCGUAUCAGUCUCGAUGCGAAAAUGGUUGGCCCGGCCGCUAGCCAUUCCACUGUCGGGCCUUCCUCGGCCCUGUUACUCGCCGGGAAGAGAAGUCGCGAACGGUUAUGAGGCGUCCAGCCGCCUGCUGGCCAGAAGGUGGCUGGAGCAUGAGUGUGCGGAGUCUACGGCAUAUAAAGAUGGUCCCGUUUUCGAUGCUAAGUGCUGUAGUCCACGCUUCACAUGGCCAAGCAUUCGCCAGACAGAGAGCGGUUGCGAGUCACGAAAAAAAAGCUCAAUGUGUGACACUGAUUGCACACAACGUUCCGGAGUCUCACUUUCGAAGGGUGGUUGUAGCACUGUCCUCCAACAAGUCAACGACUUUAAGCAGAAAAAAAGAUCAAAUAUUUACAUCCGUGCAGCAUUCCAUGAAACAGGGGCACUGCGAGUCUUCGAGUGCUUCGAAAUGAAGUCCAGCAAGUUCUUUUUGAGCCUGAAGGUGUCUUCUGCUCUGCAUUUCGUGUAUGUGCUGUGCCUGUGAUAAUCAAGGGCUUGUGAUAUGCCCUCCUGCCAGCAGUUUGCUUUGAUUUGGCUCACUGCGGGAAAUGUUGACAGUAACGAGGAAUGACAUAGAGAACAUGAUCUGCUCAUUGAGGACAUCGGACCUGUGUGUGUAGAAUAUGUCUGUAUACUUGCAAUUUAUAAGGACUACAUUGUAUUUAGGAAAUGUGUAUUAGCUUGUGCAUAUGUGUGUAUGUGUAGACGUGAAAUUCAGUGAUGUGGUGCUUAGCCAUGGCGCAGCCCUUGGCUGCCACUUAAAUUGUGCUGCGUUGUACAUUGUCAGUCAGUCAGUCAGUUCUAGCAUAUCUAUGUUGUGAAUGUGACCUCCGCUAAACGCAGGGGUUUAAAUGUGAACAUUACAAGAGGAGUUAGUUGUUUUAUUCCAAUGGGCUGCUGAGACGCCGAAUGUGUGCGACAGCGAUCUAGGCUGUGUGAUUGUCUUUUGAAAGAUGCGGCCAUGCCAUCAGUCUGGACCAAGAUACUGUUCAGUGUUGAUAUCUCACUUUGUGUCGGCCCAUGUUUUGAGCAGUUUCUUGUCAUAUGUCACAACUAAAAUUAGUAAGGAAGUGGCCUGUACUAGAUUGCAAUGUUAUGUUGAGCUGGAGUAUAAAGCUCUUGUGAACAAACCUGUGGGAAAGCGUGCGCUCGUAAUAUGAAAAAUCUUUUCAUUCCUGUUAGUUUUCUAACGAAGAUCUUUCUUUGUUAUGCUCGGUUCAUAGCUCAAAUUUUGUUUACUCGCACCAUGCAUAUUACUUAAGUAUUUUGUGUUUCAAAUUGUGUGUUGUCGUAGUAUCUAACCUGUCUCAAAUAAAAAAAAAAUGUCUUGUUCUGCUUGCAAGUCAUUAGCAAAGCACAAGUUUCCGAUUAUGCCCUUAAAGGGACACUAAAAAAAAAACGAUUUUUCUCUUAUCAGUAAAUUCCCUUUUCACAAUACAGAAAGCGCCACUGUUGCCGCUGCAAAAAACUUAGUAAGCGAAAAAACGCACAAAAAUAAAACGCAGCUCGCGAUGCUGCCUUGAUUCUGCACUGACUCACCGUGUAGUCCAUAGAUUUUGACGGUGUCUGCUAGCGCCUGCAUAAUUUUUAAUUGGUAAAAAUGAGUUACGUUCCAUGUUAAUUAGGGAUCCAUAGACUUAAAUCAGCAAUUUCAAGGAAAUUCUAUCGAGCCAAUGUAGCCAAAAUGCGAAAAAGAAAAAAAAGUGGACUUGAAUCUGUGACGUCACAUUGACGUUUUGGUGCGAAAUACGCAUGAAACUUUGGCGUUAAUUUUACCUUGUAUUAAUGAACCUAUGAUGGCGAAAUUAACAACAAAUAUCUCAAAUAAUAAUUUAACAGUCAAAACGGAUUCAGUGUUUAACUUUAGUGUCCCUUUAAGAUAAGGAAUAGUCGAAAUUCCGGCAUGACCAACCUGCGCGUUAUAUUGUGUAGUUUACAAAUGACAGCGACAGUCUUUUUUUUUUUUUCGCUUCCCAAGAUGCUUCUCUCGUGAUUCUGUACCUCGUGAAUGCAACAAACAUUACUUCCUUUGCUUUCGUUAUGGGUAUCUCAUAAUUCAUUGUCAGUCUGAAGCAAUGCUUGCGGCAUUUUCUUUUUACAAGAAACGUGCAUUUGGACUUUUGAAAUUUGUUUACCUCAUCUUUAUAUCUUGCCCUUGAUUUACGUCAUGCCAGAUUACGUAGACAAAUUCAAAUGUUGUUUUGUGCUGCUCCACAUUUUUAAGCACGGUUUUCAAAGGCAAUUAACAAUUGCUCGUUGCGCUUUUGUGGCAUUGCGAUCGCAGUCUGAAACCUACCUUUUUGUCGCAUAUAUGCCCGCUCUGAAGUUGGCAAGACCUUGAAGAGCGACCAGAAACGGACCCUUUAUACCAUUCCUAUGUCAGACUUAACUAUCAUUUUUUCAAACAAGUUUACUUGGGGGGCACUACAGGGAGCUUUCUAGGCCGCCGCAAAUGAGGUCACAAAACGCUGUAAUAAAUACUGUGUUAGUAAAAGUAAUCAACUUAGGUGUAAUGCUUUGAGAUAGUCUUGCUGAUGUAUUACCAGGUAUUGCACUUAAAUGUUUUUGUGCGUGUGUCAACGAACAAAAUCUCAAGUUUGUUGUAGCAGCACCACCAUUUUGCUCAUGUCUUGUCAAUUCAGUGUUGUCAGUUGUGAAAAUAGGCACGUCAUCGUAAAACUUGCGUUUGUUGUGGGAUGGCAUCGCCCGGUAGGCUACGAAUAAUGACGGAAGCAGUGCCCUCGUAGCAUUUUCCUCUUAGCACUGUCACUUGUCACAGCAGUAAACGCAGUGAUGUUUAGGUGACUGCUCGCAGUAGCCGCAAAAUUAUUUGAGCAGUAUGUUGAAGAGGGUAGAGUUGGAGCACAUGGUCGUUAGAACUCAACCGAAGAGCUAUUGUAUGUAGCUGCAUAUUCUAGUGCUGCAGGGAGCGAGCACCAGCAAGGAAACGACGUUUGAAGAGCUACCGGUUCUGACGAACCUUUCUCUUUCGAGCCAGUAUACUCACAUUUCUUCACAAUGCGAAGUACGCGACACAUUCGCUGAAGCGAGAGGACUUCCACUAGUGUAAAUUAAUAGAUGACACAUCGAUUUUUUUUUAAAGAGAUCGCCAGACUUGUUAGCACUGCUCGCAUUCCUUUCCCUCCCUCUCACUGCCAGGCCUCCCGUAGCAGUGUAUGUGGGUUGUAGACGUGAGUCUGCUGUAGCAUAAUUUAUUUCAUGACGCAUACUAUUCGUAUUUCGCGCACAUCACAGCGUGCUUCGUAUGAGUUGGCAUUCUCGCCUUGAAUCUCUUGUCCUGUUCGUUGGUCGUGUCGAAGAUGAGCUGCGCGACGUGUCUGCACGUUUGACGGUAUCAAUGAUGUGCUGCUCUAUCCUGUCGCAUUUUUCCUAUUCGUGCUAACCUGCUUAGUGAGCGAUGGCUGUGCAGUGCGCGACGCGGAAAGUGCACGUUUGCUGACGGCGUAACGCCUGCGCGCGCGCGUUUUUAACGUGUUUACAGCUAAUGCUCCUGUGUCAGCUACGUGAAUUGGGAUCACAUUAAUUCGAUUUGUUUUUUUCGACUAUACUUCCGCCUGUUAUCUUUCGAAGUAGCCGAUUGUCUCUUGACCUUCGCCUUGUUUACCUCCGCAGCCGCCGCAAUCGUUUAUGAUGCCCCCACACUCAUUUCUAUCUCGUUGCGAACAACUCGGUGUCAUCGCGAGAUCCUUACCCCACACAGUGUACGAGAAAGAAAAAGAAAGAAAAGACACUGUGAGAAACACACGAAAGGGCCAUACGAACAAUUUAAUGGACCUCACGCAUAUUUUUACAUUUCUUAGCGUUCCUGAGGUUUCUUGUGUUACCAGCCUGGAUGAUUUAUGUGCUAAUGGGAAAAGACAUUUUUGGUUCAUGCUCACAAGACUGUGUGCUUUAUCUAAAGAAUCAUAGGUGCGACAGCCGUACGCUAGUUCGCUCACACUUGUAUACGUGUCGAAAUGGCACCAAGAAGUCAACUCUUCCGAGUUUACCUUCCCGCAGGUGGGAUAAGACGCUUACAAACUGGAUCUUGGCAGCAUACACAUAAUUUUGUUAACAUAUUCGUGUGCACCAGGACGCUGGAUGGGCUCCUCUCGGAUCUCAAUGAAAACGUGCCCGCUCUGUAGCAUUUUUACACUCUGUGAAGAUUUGAACGUGGACGAACACGCAAAAUGCCCGCGGCGCACUGGAGAGAGCUGCGCAGUAAAGUCUCUCUAUUUAGUGCGCGAAGCGUUACACCAAGGUAUAUGUGCAGCCGUAAAGCGCAUUUUGUUUACAGAGACAAAAUGCUGGAGCUUGUCGAGCAACGCGGAGCUAAGGCUUGAGACAUUUUGGCAUGCAGCCAUCCGUUAACCGAAGUUGCGUUCGAAGUUACGCCUCUGCGUCUUACUCCUACCUUCAUUUUAUUUAUUUUUCUUCUUUCCCUUGGAAAUGUUGCUUUAAUUCGGAGAAUUCCAGGAGAAAGCUUGUUUCCCCGUUCGUUAUCUGCCAAGGUGUCUGGCGUUUCGCGCACUUUUGUUUUUGCGAACCUCCGGACAUCGCAUUAAAACGCAAGUGUGGACAUGAUCGAUGCUCGUAACGGCGCAGGUCAUUUCAAAUAAGUUAUUUUGUCGCCACCUGAAAGCAGUGUGUAUCUUGCAUUGAGGUACGAAAAUAGGUGGAAGUUUGUGAACACGGGCAACGAGAACAAAAAAAAAAGGGGGGGGGGGACAGAGAACAGUGAGGAACUGCGGUCAAAUGUUUUGAGAUGCACCACUCAGUGCUUUGUUGUUACGUUACUUCUUUAUGUUCGAUUCUUCGAAUUUCCUUGAGUUAGCUUUGUUGCCGCAGUACACCGAUGCUGCCAAUUACGAGCCUUCUGAUCAUUCCAAUAUAAUGGACCUGCCCUUCCCGCCCGCUACACACGCAAUACUCUUUGUAACUUGACAGAGCACCGCCAAAAAAGUGCGUCGGAAAUGUGUGAGCGGUCGCUCUGUGUAGCUCAGCUACUGAACAUAAGGCGUGUUAGAAGAUGUCAGUCACGAAAGAGCCAAGAAGAAGGCUGGACACGAUGAGAAUGUGUUGAUAUGUAUCUAUAUAAUGACGCGUGCUAUAGCUGUAUGCCGUCAAGAGCAUAUGCGCAAUUAAGUCACUUGCCGGACUGUCAAAGCCAGGAUGACACUAUUAAUUUAGAGCUGUCUCUGACUGAUAUUUUGGGCUUAGCCGUAUUCAGCCAAUUGUUAACUCGGAUAGGCUGAGAGGGCUGCUCUGGCGUCUUUGAGCGGCUCAAAACGCCGCCGUUGAAUAAUUUUCAUAGCUAAGUAUCAUUAACUCCGCCUUCGACUCCUUGUGUCACCAUAAGUAUAUUAACGUCACUAAGAGAUGUCAUGUACUGAAUAAGAUAUGAGUACGAGAUAAUUAAAGUGACAUAUUUGCUGAAAAAAAGUACUCAAAGACGAAGUUGGUGAACAGACACACACACAACUCUAUGCUUUUUCUGCUCUUUAGUCAAAGAAGGGGGACCAUCCGCCGCCAACAUCUCGAUUAAGGGCUCGCCCCUUGUGAGCAGCGAAUCUGCGAUUGAUCGCCUGGAAUUCUGUCACGUACGUUUUCGUGAUCGCAGUUUCGGAGAGCGUCGCAGAGACGUGCGUCUUUCGCGACAACCUACGCGAUAACUAACAUGUCAUGAAUCGUGCGAUUCAGUUUGUCGUCCACCCUUUGCCCGAAGACGAUUCGAAGGAGGAACUAUGUCACUUGCGAUACAACUGUGGAGCUUCAGGCUAUCGUUGUGCCGCUUCAAGACGGGCCGGCGACUGCUGCCCGCUUUGAACGAUGUAACGAAUCUGCCAUGGCCGACUUUGCUGGCUCAAGCGAACGCGAAGUGAUGAGGCGUAUAGUACAUUCUACGUCCGUUCGCAUCCCCCCUCACACUUUGUAGCGUGAAGUCUGUUUCAAUUUUUUUAUUCGUUCUCUAGACACAUUUGAAUGUAGUGAGUGAAUAUAGUCAGAUUCAGUAGUUACGAUGUGUCAAGUGAGAUGUAGUAAGUGACCUGACUGUCAGUGGCGUCAGAAACGGACGUCCGUGCUAGUAGUAGUUUUGGCACACACUCGCUUUCCCGAAGAAGAAGAAAAAAAAGGCUAGCGGGUUUCUUGUGAACUGGUGUAUUCCGUGAGCGGGACACUCCGGCUCUUGAGUUCACUCGUUUAUCUGUGCUGUGUGUGUGCGCGCAUGUCUUGUCGUUUCACAGAUGAUAGAGCACCAGUGUGUGUAUGUGUGCAUGUGUGGCAGAGAAGCCAGAACUCUGUUCUCGUGUCUUGGCGAUUCAUUAGUCCCUUGCACGGGGAUUUGUUUAUAGUGGCUGUUGUUUAAAUAAAUUGUUUGGAGACGAA